AUGUUCGUGCUGGGCCUGCCCUACGCCAUCCUGCACGGCGGCUACCUAGGGUUGUUCCUCAUCAUCUUCGCCGCCGUGGUGUGCUGCUACACCGGCAAGAUCCUCAUCGCGUGCCUGUACGAGGAGAACGAGGACGGCGAGGUGGUGCGCGUGCGGGACUCGUACGUGGCCAUCGCCAACGCGUGCUGCGCGCCGCGCUUCCCGACGCUGGGAGGCCGCGUGGUGAACGUGGCGCAGAUCAUCGAGCUGGUGAUGACUUGCAUCCUGUACGUGGUGGUCAGCGGCAACCUCAUGUACAACAGCUUCCCGGGGCUGCCCGUGUCGCAGAAGUCCUGGGCCAUUAUCGCCACCGCCGUGCUGCUGCCCUGCGCCUUCCUUAAGAACCUCAAGGCGGUGUCCAAGUUCAGCCUGCUGUGCACUCUGGCCCACUUCGUCAUCAACAUCCUGGUCAUCGCCUACUGCCUGUCACGGGCACGCGACUGGGCCUGGGAGAAGGUCAAGUUCUACAUCGACGUCAAGAAGUUUCCCAUCUCCAUUGGCAUCAUCGUGUUCAGCUACACGUCCCAGAUCUUCCUGCCUUCGCUGGAGGGCAACAUGCAGCAGCCCAGCGAGUUCCACUGCAUGAUGAACUGGACUCACAUCGCCGCCUGCGUGCUCAAGGGCCUCUUCGCGCUGGUCGCCUACCUCACCUGGGCCGACGAGACCAAGGAGGUCAUCACGGAUAACCUGCCCGGUUCCAUCCGUGCCGUGGUCAACAUCUUCCUGGUGGCCAAGGCGCUGUUGUCUUACCCGCUGCCCUUCUUCGCUGCUGUGGAGGUGCUGGAGAAGUCGCUCUUCCAGGAAGGCAGCCGCGCCUUCUUCCCGGCCUGCUACGGCGGCGACGGGCGCCUCAAAUCGUGGGGGCUGACGCUGCGCUGUGCGCUGGUCGUCUUCACGCUGCUCAUGGCCAUCUACGUGCCGCACUUCGCGCUGCUCAUGGGUCUCACCGGCAGUCUCACGGGCGCCGGCCUCUGCUUCCUGCUGCCCAGCCUCUUCCACCUGCGCCUGCUCUGGCGCAAGCUGCUGUGGCACCAAGUCUUCUUCGAUGUCGCCAUCUUCGUCAUCGGUGGCAUCUGCAGUGUGUCCGGCUUCGUGCACUCGCUUGAGGGCCUCAUCGAGGCCUACCGAACCAACGCGGAGGACUAG